UUUGUUUUUUUAAAUUUUAGGGAUUGAGUGUCGGUAUACUGGGACCUACAUUUCAAGAUUUGGCAGUGAAUGUGAACCGAAAUAUCAGCAGUCUUUCUCUAAUUUUUGUGGGCCGAGCCUCUGGAUUCUUCUGUGGCUCUAUGAUUGGUGGAAUUCUUUUUGACUGUAUGAAUCAUUUUUUACUUUUGGGGGUGUCGAUGUGGGGUACUACAGUUGGCCUCUUCCUUGUUCCUUUUUGCAAGGCAGCAGUAUUACUGAUUGUCGUGAUGUCUGUCUUUGGUGCAUCAGUUGGUGUUCUGGAUACAGGUGCAAAUGUCCUUAUCCUGGCUUUAUGGGGGGACGAAGGAGCCCCACACAUGCAGGCCCUGCACUUCAGUUUUGCCUUGGGUGCCUUUUUGGCUCCUCUUCUGGCAAAAUUGGCCUUGGGAACCACAGUGUCCGCCGAAAACCACACGGAGCCUGACCUUCACCCUCCAGCCCUCAACCAAUCCCCUGAAGCCAGCCUGGACCCUCUGUUUGCAGUACCUGAUGACUUGAACUUACUGUGGGCUUAUGCUUCUGUCGGCGCAUACAUUUUUGUGGUUUCUGUCUUCCUGUUUGCUCUGUUUUUCAAAAAAACCUCGAAGCACGGAAAAUCCACAGCAUCUGCCCAGGUGUCUCGAAGAGCUAAAUAUCACAAGGCCCUGCUCUGUCUCCUUUUCAUGUUCUUCUUCUUUUAUGUUGGAGCUGAGGUAACCUACGGCUCUUACGUUUUCUCAUUUGCAACCACCCAUGUUGGCAUGGAAGAAAGUGAAGCGGCUGGGUUGAACUCCAUCUUCUGGGGGACCUUUGCAGCCUGCAGGGGCCUGGCAAUCUUCUUCGCUACGUGUUUGCAGCCUGGAACCAUGAUUGUGUUGAGCAACAUUGGCAGCCUGGUCUCAUCGUUAUUUCUGGUGCUUUUUGACAAGAACCCACUUUGUCUCUGGAUAGCAACUUCAGUGUAUGGGGCCUCAAUGGCCACCACCUUUCCCAGUGGUAUUUCUUGGCUUGAGCAGUACACAAGCAUAAGUGGGAAAUCUGCAGCUUUUUUUGUCAUUGGUGCUUGUCUGGGAGACAUGGCUAUUCCUGCAGUAAUUGGAAUUCUUCAAGGACAAUACCCGGAUUUGCCAGUCGUUCUGUACACCUGUUUGGGGUCAGCAAUAUUCACUGCUGUAUUAUUUCCUGUGAUGUAUAAAUUAGCCACCUGUCCUCUGGAUCUUCAGCGGAAAGAAAACAGGAGUGAGAAUCAGAAAACUUUGCCCCCUAGUUCUAGGCUAUGAAGAAGAGUAUGAAAGGAAGGGAUGCAGAAGAAUAGAAUAAGUGGAUUUUGAAGUGGUGGAAUUGAAUGACACAAUGAAGCAUUCUGUAAGAAGGGGUAUAGUUUUUUUGUUUUUGUUCUUUUUGAGGUAGGGUCUCACUGUAUGGCCUAGACUAUCCACAAACUUGAAGCAGUCCUUCUGUCUCAGUAGAAAUAUUUUGAUGGAAUAAUAGCUGAAGUCUCUGCCAAAUUUCUGUCAGAUGCAUUAAUGUGUGAUUCUUUUCCAUUUGAUAGUGGUGAUCUCCCUGUGAAAUAGUUUGCCAGAGCACAAAAGGGACCAAUACUUAGAGAAGAUGGAUUAUUCACUUUCUUUGAAUAAUCACCACUACUGGAGAGUUUGGUCAGAGCACAGCAUUGAUAGAUUUUCAGCAGGCUUUGAGGAUCAAAGUUUCUGGGUCCAUGUAUAGAAAAUGCUGAAGUUUGGAAAUGUUCUGCAAUUCCAAGGGUCUUCCACAAGCUGCCAAGUUGUCUCAUACCGUGAGUUCUUGUUAUGAGACUCAUGCCUGUCAUUAAGAUGAUUAGGGAGUGUUUUUGUCUCCUACCUUUAGAGCACACAAAUAAAGUAUUUGUUUCUCUCUUUUUUUGAGAAAUUAGAUAGUAUGCAAUAGAGCAAAACCAUGGAGGAGUCGAUGGAUUUAUUAAGCAAAUUAUCAGACAUCCCUAUGCCACUUGGAAAGUUGGGUAGCAUAGUUUUAUGAAAGAGCAUCCUUCUAAAUAUGUAAAUAUUUUUAUUGAUUGCUUUACCUUAUCUGUAGGAAUGGGCCACAAUGCUAAAGGCUCAUAUGAUCUUUUACUUCUAUGAAGAGAAAACAAAAGGCAGGGCCCCCAAAUCCUGGCUUCAAUCUUUGAUUCUGCCUUCUUGCUUUGCACUGAGGUACUUUGCAUGGGCCUCACUUAAAUCUUCCCCUA